AACUUCUUUUCCCCAAAUCACAUCAAAUUUCGCAUUUCACCUACCCCAGUAAACUCUAUCUGAACCGCAAUAAUGUCUCGCCCAAUCGAAAUCGUCGCCAUCGUGCAACCCAAACCAGGAAAAGCAGACAGAGUCCAGGAAAUUCUCACCAACGCCGCGCAAGUCGUCAAGGAAACUGAACCCGGAAUUCUGCGCUACCACCUCCACCGCGAGGUCAAAGGCGACAGUCCAAGAUUCAUCAUGCUGGAGAAAUACGCGGACAAAGCCGCACUAGACUUUCAUGUUAAAAGCGACAUUGGCGCAAAAGUAGCAAACGCGUUCAAAGACGAGGAUUUGGUCGAGAGCCCGAUGAAGGUUAUUUUUGUGAAGAGCGUUGGCGGAUACGCUAGCAAGUUGUAA